AUGGGACAGAAACCACCUGAGAAAAAUAUAGAGUUCGCGGAUGAUGAAAUUAUAGGUGUUGUUACUACACCAGGAAAUACUAAUACUUCGAGUACGAUGGAAAAAAAUGCAUUUAGUCCCAUAAUCUGUAAUUCACAAGAAGAACAACAAGAAUUGGAAGAGGUUGGACAACAUCAUCAUCAUCAUUGUGAUAAUCAUCAACUAAAUAAACGACACAAAGGUAUCUUUGGAGUUUUUCUUCUUAUUCUACACACAGUUAUACCUCAUGGUGGUCUUCUUUCUAAUAGUUUUAACCUUGCUUCCGCUUCUUUAGGGGCUGGUAUUAUUACAUUACCGUGGGCUUUUCGUGCUACUGGUAUAAUAAUGGGAGUUAUUUAUCUUACUCUUAUGACGUUAUUUACAGUAUAUACUAUUACAAUAAUGGGAUAUGUAAUGAAAAAAACAGGAUACAGGGCAUUUGAACAAAUGUCAAGAGGAGUUUUGGGACGCGGUGCUGAUUAUUUAAUGGCUCUCGUUAUGGGAGUAAGUUGUUUUGGUGCAGCUGUAGCGUAUGUUAUUGCUACAGAAAGUUUAAUUACACCAGUGUUAAAGCGAUCUCCGGUUACACCACAAUUUUUAAAGACUGAAAGUGGAAUUCGACUUUCUACAUGUGGUGUAUGGCUUAUUGGAAUGCUUCCAUUGGUAAUCCCUAAAAAAGUUAAUACACUACGAUACUUUUCUGCAAUUGGGGUAAGUUUUGUAGUAUAUUUUGCCAUUACAGUUGUGAUACAUUCAUGCCAAAAAGGACUUCCCCGACGUUCAGAAGUUGUUUUUGUGGAAAAGGGGAAUGUAGCGUUAGAGGGUCUUGGUGUUUACGUUUUUUCUUAUCUUUGUCAUGCUGUGGCGUAUCAGGUAUAUUUUGAAAUGAAAGUUCCAAGUGUGAAACAACUCGUACUCGCCACUACCAUGGGAAUGACAUUUUGUUCCUUAUUAUAUCUUUUGGCUGGCGUCUUUGGCUACAUGGAGUUUGGAAAUGAUAUUGAAGAAUCUAUACUUUACAUGUUUGAUCCCAUUGAAGAGCCAAUGAUGAUGGUAGGAUAUAUUGGACUUAUUAUUAAAUUAUGUGUAUCAUACGCAUUAAACAUGAUUCCUUGCCGUAAUACAGUAUAUUACAUAAUUGGAUGGGAUAUUGAUCGUCUACCAUACUGGAAACACAUUAUUACUGUAACUAUAAUCUCUGUUAUCGUUUUGGUGUGCGGUAUCUUUAUUCCAAGAAUUAGCACAGCAUUAGGACUCGCAGGUGCUGUUUGUGGUGGGUUUAUUGGUUUUAUAUAUCCAGCAUUAUUUUUUAUGUACUCUGGUGGGUGGACAUUGGUAAAAGUUGGUUGGUUCCAUUAUAUAAUGACUUAUUUAUCACUUUUAAUAGGUGUGGUAAGUGUUGUCUUUGGCACUGGUGCAACUAUAUAUUCCACCUUUGGCAAGAGCUAA